AUGAAGUGACGGGAAGCUUCCUGGCUUGAUUAAAGCAGCGACAGAGCGACAAGGAUUCUUCCUCGUUUUCGUUACACAGGAAGAGGACACAUCUUGAUAGUUUAUUAUCGCCACCUACUGGGUGAAUAAAAUCAAAUAAAAAGGACUGUCAUUCCAAUUGUAAAAGACGAGUCGUGAGGAUAAGCGAUGAAGAAAAUGGAUGGAUGGAGUAGCAAGCAUAUGGUGACAUCGUGAUAUUCAAUGAAUCCAAAUUUUGCAAAACUAAGCAAAAACUUUAUUUACAGUCAACAUGGCAAUAAAAGAAAGAUCACUAUAUAGGGACAUGGUCCAAAUAACAUACACAAAUAAAAAGCAGGAGAAAAGAAAAUAAACAAAAACAAUGGACAAAAGGUAGACAUAAAAUGAGUAUAUAAUUUGUCAAUUUUUGGUCUUCAUCAGUUUGAGGGAUAUCAGAUACAAUUUAAAGUCAUUUUAAGGCAUUAUUUUUGCGAAGCUCUACCGUAAUCUAUCUAAACAGGAAAUAUGCGCCACGGUCUCUCCCUGAUGACGUCACUGCCUGCUUGUGUUUAACGUUUGAGCGCGCGCUUGUUGCGAGGUGAAACCAGCGGAAGUUCUCCCUCUGUGUGUGUGUCGUGUGUAACGAUGGAAGCUGACAGCUUGGUUCCCAUUUGGAUGAUCAUGUAUGAGGAUGAGGCUGUAGAUAUUUGCUAUAAAAAUGGGACACGUUUACAAUUUUCCCCGUGUGGUUGCGAGUUCAUGCUCCGAAAGGGCUCAGACCCCUCUGGACAUCCUAUACAGACCCCAGCGAGAGCUCGACAGAGAACCAGGUUCACCAUCAGCGCCUACAAAGACCUGAUAAUAGCUGCACUGGCAUUCAGGAACAAGUAUGCCAGUCGACCAUAUCUGCCAGAGGAGCUCAUCCCUGCUGGUCAAAAACAGCCUUUGUUUAAUCUUAACUCAGAUGUCCAGUGGCCCGAGUGGUCGUCUUGUGAGGCAGAGUUGGGACCUGGUGGCGAGACCACCAUCAGGUCAGAGGACAAACAGACUGUGUUGAUGCUAGCGCCGUCAGGGGAAGAGUUCUCUGUGGAGUUUGCAUGUAGGUUCAGCCAACCUCUCCAUCAGCAACCACAGCAUUUGAGCAGAGAUUCAGAAUGCAGUCCAGAUAGUCGACCACAGCGCACAAGCAGCUUGGCCCGUCAGACUGUAGACUGCUUGAAAAGCCCCAGUGAUGACACCCCAGAGGUUCAUCUCGAGAAAGGAAACAGAAGGGAGGGGUCACUCCAGGCGAGGUCAUGUUCUCCUCAAACAAUAAUGACUGAGUCCAAGCCAGAGGAGAAGUACCAGUGUACUAAGCUCAUCCAACAUCACUCCUGCCAUGUAGUUGCACCCACUUGGCACUAUCCUCUGUCCUUGGCCCGUCGUCACUGGGUAGCGCGUCUCUCCAACGCUGUUAAUGGUGCAACAGACGGAACCAGACAUUCAAACCAGACAGAUGAAAUUCUGAACACAUCAAACUUGGAUAGUGAGAGAAAGUCUGUCCUCCUGCCAGCUCUCCCUCUUACCUGUUCAUCUCCUCACUGGCACAGCUGGAGGUUUCAAGAUCCAGUGGCCAAAAAUGAACAAUCAAAUCAGCCCUUUCCAGUGGAACUGGUGAAAGUGAUCUGGUAUCAAGGCGUGACCUACAGGAUACUGAGCAAAGAUGUUGCCAUCAUUGAGGUCUUGCCAGGUGAUGGAUCUGUCAUCCGGUCUAAUGGCGUCCUCAGCAUGUACUUUACUCAUUACAAGCCAGACUGUCAUUCCACACAGGUCAAAGAGGUAACAUAUCACCUGAAUAACCUACCGCCUGAUAUACCUGGACAGUUGUAUUCAGUUUGCUGUGUUGUGAAUCAUGCAAGCAGGAUUCUUGCAAACUACAAUGAGGCUAAAACAUCAUUGACACUCUCUGCCACACCCAUCUGCUGGCUGCAGGAGAGUGUCUUCUCCAAAUCAAGAAUGCUUGAAGGAAAUCCUUCACCUGUUGGACAGCAUAAUAAUGACACAGAGGCACAAGAAAGUUGGUCAGAUUUUGUUGCUGCAGAACUUGCGAAGAUAAAACGAUUCAACUUUUUGUUGGAAAACUGCAACUUGCAAGGAACAAAGGAGACAGGAUGUGCACAAAACAGCUUGCCUGGAAUCAUUUCUGAACCAGUGAGUGAGGGCAGCGUUGCAGAAGCUCUUCAGAGGACCUCCGAAGCCAUACAGGACAUCAAUGCUUUUAUAACUGCAGCCAAACAGACUUGAAGGAGCAUUACUUUUGAGUCUUGGGACUUCAAAGAUUUAUUUAUUUUUUGUUCAAGUGACUAAAAUAAAUAGUGUUUUAUUUAUGUUGGCCUGCGUUGUCCCCGUUGUACAUUGUUUUUCCCGUCAAACAACCUUUUUAUAGCCAGCAUCUGAUGAAGGCUACAUACCGAGCAAACUUAGCAAAUAGUAUGUUAUAAUUUUGGUUUUCCGUUACUAGACUUAUGCAAAAAGAAUUGGGUUAAUUGUAUUUGUUUUAUCUGGUGCAACACGUUACUGUGACACAUCUGUGAAAAUGACCAAACAAUUGUGUAAAUAAAUGUUGUAUCCCCAUUUAAAAAAUGUAUGUAUAUAUGUGUGUUUAUAUAUAUAUAUAUAUGUAUAUGUAUAUAGGUAUAAUUGUCUUGUGGUUGAUAUUCCUGUGAUUAAUAAA